UACGGAGCCGGUGCAGCGCGCUAGAUCGGUUGAUGCUUCUGUACCGUUUGUUGUUGUAAUCGUUGCGUCGUACUUACAUACUUACUCGUACAUCGAAAACAAGUGGGCAAACAGCAAAAAUGAGCCAGUCUCGCACAGCACCAGCAAGGGCCCCUAGGGAGCGCGAUAAGAUCGGAGAGAGCGACGACGAAACUGGCAAGAAAAUGGAAGUGUUGCUUGAGCUAAAUCUUAAGCAGCGCACAGCCACUCGUGCGGGCAUAGUAAUGGUGGGCAUCAUCAUCUACGUCCUUUUCUGCACGAACAGUGCCAAGGCCAGCCUCACACUAGGGGCACUUCUGACACUCAUGAUGCGGAAUCCCACAAUCGUAUAUGCAUUGGUCAUGACUGUGCACAGGGACACCAUGGCCUUUUAUCGAUUUCUGUGGCUCAACGUGUACCUGUUGCGCAUGGAGAGACGGAAUUGGAUAAUAGCGCGCAUCUUCCAGCAGAUUUCGCAGGCACAGCCCCACAAGUCGUGCUUUGUGAUGGACGAGCGUCGUCUCACCUUUGCGCAGGUGCAGCUGCUGAGCAAUAAAGUUGCAGCAUUCUUUAGAUCCCAACGUUUGGAGCGUGGCGAUUGCGUGGCCCUUCUAAUGGACACACGAGUGGAGUAUCCAUGCUUCUGGCUAGGUCUGUCCCAGCUGGGUGUGAUAACAGCACUAAUCAACUCUAAUUUGCGUCGCGACACCUUGCUGCACUCCAUUAAAGUGGCCAAUGCCAGAGCUUUGAUUGUGGGUAGCGAGUUGGCGGACGUGCUGGCGGCCAUUGGGGAGGUAGAUGAGCUCCGUCAACUACCUAUCUACCAGUAUUCCGAUGCAGACCAAGUCGCCAGCUAUGAACUGCUGCCUGGCGCCGUAGACUUGAGAUCGGCACUCGAUGCCCAACAGCCGGAAAACCUGAGCCUGGAGAUCGCACGUGGAAGUACGCGCGACAAACUCAUCUACGUAUUUACUUCUGGCACCACAGGGCUGCCGAAGGCUGCUGUCAUUACCAACCUGCGCUUUCUCUUCAUGGCCGCUGGUACUUUCUAUAUGCUGCACCUGCAGAAGGACGAUGUGGUGUACAAUCCAUUGCCUCUCUACCAUACGGCUGGCGGAAUAGUGGGCAUCGGCAAUGCGCUGCUUAAUGGCGCCACAGUGGUUCUGCGUAAGAAGUUUUCCGCGUCUAAUUUCUGGCGAGACUGCAGUCGGCACGAGUGCUCGGUGGCUCAGUAUAUCGGAGAGCUGUGUCGCUACUUGCUGGCCACGCCCUACACGACAGAGCAACGCCAGCACAGUCUGCGCCUUAUGUACGGAAACGGACUGCGACCACAGAUCUGGACACAGUUCGUCUCGCGCUUCGGCAUUCCACAGAUUGGAGAGGUUUAUGGGGCCACCGAGGGCAACUCGAAUCUGAUAAACAUCACGAAUCGCGUGGGAGCCAUUGGAUUUGUUCCCGUUUUCGGACGCAGUAUAUAUCCUGUGCAGGUUAUACGCUGUGACGAACAGACGGGUGAUCCUCUGCGUGACUCCGAGGGGCGAUGUACUCGAUGUAAGCCCGGCGAACCGGGCUUGCUGAUCGGCAAAGUAGAUUCCAAGCGCGCGGUCAGUGCCUUUCACGGUUAUGCGGACAAGGGCGCCUCUGAGCAGAAACUGCUACGGAACGUGUAUUCCAAGGGCGAUGUGUUCUUCAACUCGGGCGACAUGGUAGUGUGUGAUAUCCUGGGAUACUUUUACUUCAAGGAUCGCACAGGUGACACCUUCCGCUGGCGCGGCGAGAAUGUUGCCACACAAGAGGUGGAGGCCAUCAUUACUAAUUGCAUUGGUCUGAGCGAUUGCGUCGUUUAUGGUGUGCAGAUUCCCCAUGUCGAGGGCAAGGCUGGCAUGGCCGCUAUUGUAGAUCCCUCACGCAAGGUGGACAUGGAGUACCUCUCCACGGGAAUACGCGGCAGCUUGCCCGCCUAUGCGCGUCCUCUCUUCAUUCGCCUUCUGGACGAGAUUCCGCGAACGGCUACGUUUAAGCUGAAGAAGCGGGAGCUGGCCCUGGAGGGUUACGAUCUGAGCCGACUUAGUGAUCCCAUUUUCUACCUCAAUCGCGACGGCAUAUAUCGGCGUCUGACGUCGGAACAGUACCAAGCUCUGCAGGCGGGAACCGCCGGCCUGUGAACAACUUCUCUAGCCCUAUAGUCUGUACAUAUACCAUUGUACAUUAUACCUCUCCAUAUUUGUAGUUGUACUUGUAGCACUAAAACGACUGAUGCUUUAGCCAAAA